AGGACAUCUUCACCACCCUGGUCGAUGCCCAAUGGCGUUGGACAAUGCUUGUUUUUGCGCUCAGUUUCCUCAUUUCGUGGGCGCUCUUUGCAUUCGUUUGGUGGGUGAUCGCGUAUGCGCAUGGCGAUUUCGAAUAUAUUUACAAUCGUGAUUUCUUUCCCGAACGUAAUGAGAAUGUCACACAUCGUAUGUGUGUAACGGAGGUGCGUAGCUUUGUUUCAGCCUUCCUAUACUCGGUGGAAACGCAAACAACGAUAGGCUAUGGCAAUCGUUAUGUGACGGAGGAGUGUCCAGAGGCGAUAUUCAUUAUGUGUUUGCAAUGUAUUUUGGGCGUAUUCAUACAAGCAUUUAUGGUGGGCAUUGUAUUUGCCAAAUUGUCGCGUCCAAAGAAACGCGCACAAACGUUGCUCUUCUCGCGAAAUGCUGUGAUUUGUCAUCGGGAUGGGGUGCCAUGUCUGAUGUUCCGGGUGGGUGAUAUGCGAAAGAGUCACAUUAUUGAGGCGCAUGUGCGGGCGCAAAUCAUCAGGAAGAAGGUCACAAAAGAGGGUGAAAUAUUGCCAUUCUAUCAGCAGGAGUUAACGGUGGGCGCUGAUGGCGGCGAGGAUCGCCUAAUGUUCAUAUGGCCUACAACGAUUGUGCACAAAAUCGAUCGAAAUAGUCCGCUGUAUAUGCUUUCGGCAUCGGAUAUGCUGAAGGAACGCUUUGAAGUUGUUUGCAUGCUGGAGGGUGUGGUUGAGUCCACUGGCAUGACGACGCAAGCGCGCAGCAGUUACCUGCCUUCGGAAAUCCUUUGGGGUCAUCGUUUUGUGAACGUGGUCUCUUUUCGCAAGGAGACUGGCGAGUAUGAAGUGGACUAUACGCUCUUCAAUAACACCUAUGACGUGGACACGCCACUGUGUAGUGCCAAACAAUUGGAUGAUGUGAAGGCGGAGUAUGCGAAAAACUCCAAGUUGGGAUUAGAACGCGCCUUCUCCGCCGGUCUUAUGCAUAUACCAUCCACCAUUUCCGUGGAUCGACUAGAUCCGAAUAGCGAUGAGUCGCUGGACUCACGUUUGCAUACAUGCAACAAUUCCAUCCCAAAUGGAGUGCUAGCCGAGGAAUUGGAACCGCUCAAUGGCGGUGGCGGCAGCACCAGCAACAAUGGCAGCUAUCAUUAUGUGCCACCAUCAUUCACCGUGGGCGGUUCGGCGAUACAAUUGCCCUCGUUGGCACUCUCCACAAAUCUACAUAGUAUUAAUGAGAAAACUAAUUCCGGCAGCAGUAGCAGCAGCAGCACCAAUAAUCUCAGCAUAAAUGCCACAACGCCAAAUACACUCUCGCCCGCAAUGGCGAUUACCAACGCGAACAACAACAACAACAUCAAUAACAAUAAUAAUAAUAGUAGUAUGCACGAUAAAAGCAAUGGUAAUGGCGGUAGUACUACAAGUAUGAAAAAGACACCAUCGAGUGGUCGACGAUUAUCGAUAAAACAAGAUCAAUUAUCGGUUGAUUCGCUUUGCUGAUAUUGGCGAAGGCGGAUUGUGAGAGUGUCGUACAAAGAUUGAGUGGGAAAUGGAUGAGAUGCAUCUAUCGGCUGUAGGCUUGAAUUAAGGGUUGUUUGGCGAAAAAUUUGAAAGCUGGCGAAAAGCGAGUAUUAAUCGAUUUGUAAGCGGUUAUCGAUUUUUGUGUAAAUAGCAACAAAGUAGCCGCUUGCAAUACAAAUGUCUGCCGGGAUUACCGCUUCCAGAAGCAAAUAAUUUAAUUUUUCUACUAAAAUUAAGUUACAACAAACUAAUUAAUAUUUAAUUAAAAUGUAGUAAUUGUGUCAAAAAAAACACAGCUUUAAUUGUAUUUAAAAGUCAUAUGCGCAAUUAGUGAUAGUCGUUUUAUUUGUAUUUUUUUUUUUAGUAUACGUUAAUGUAAGCUAAAGCAAAAGUGAGUUAUUUAGUAGUCAAUAGAUGUAGUGAUGUUUAAUCGCUUAAAAAUCGAUAGCUUUCCAAUUAAAAUUUAAUCGAUAAAUUCUCUUUCAAUUGACAAUUAGUGAUUUCAAGCUUAAUAAGUUGCUCAAUUUUUAAAUGUUGGAAAUUAUGUAAAUUAUUAAGUGCUCGUUAUCGAUUUACUUCAAUGUCAGUUAGUCGACUAAACGCCCGAUAGUCGAUUAAUCAGUAGAUAACAGUCGUCAAUUAAACAAUUAUAUGUCAUGCCAUUACAGCCACUUGCCUGUCGUUCAUUCUUUCAUUGCAGUUUUAAGACAAUUCGCUUGUAUUUAUGUAUAUUUGUGGCGCAAGAAUUUAUUAAAAUAUUAUUUGAUUUUUUAUAGAAAUAUUUUUUUUUCAUAGGACUUCUUAGUUAAAAUAUGCACAAAUGUUGAGGAAAUUUAAAAUUUUAAAAUUUUCGAGACCUAACUACGUACUGCAUAGAUAUUUACAGUGACUCAAACAAGCAUUCACAAGGCGUUUUUUAAAUAAAUAUUCACAAUGUUUUUCUAGUUGAAUUCUU